UGUUUACUUUUACAGAUAGAUACACACACGCUCUUUAGUGGGCCUCCAUUCAAAUGUGUCCGUUUAAAGCUUUUUAGGCGUGCGGGUCCGUUUAAGGGAUCAUCUAUGAUACUCAUAUGCUCUGUAACUCUCUUCUGUCUCCUUUAACUUCGUACUCACACCUUUUUUUUUAAUUAUACAGAGGUAUCAUGGCCCCACAGAAGUGAUCCAGACUAAUUACGUGUUGCCACAUGUCGGUCCUCUGUCCCUAACGAUGCCGAAAUGUUAAUUCUCCAGUGGCCAGGAUUCAAACCCAAGUGGCGGUACUCACAUGUGUAAGCCCUUUACCACUAGAACUAGAAACCCUGGUUGUACUCACACUUUUGAAUGCUGAGGCUGAGCUAAAGCCGGUUUGUAUGAUCUUGCUCACACUGCGGUUGUGGUUAUGUGAACUCUUUCUAAUUUAAAUCAAGGUUCGUUCAAAAAAAAAGGCAUGCGGCCCUGCGGGUUCGAUUAGUUGAGUUUUUGGUGGUAUAAUUUGGAGUUCGGGUAUUUCUCUACUUGAUAAAAUUUUGUUUUAUUAAGUUGAAAAAGUUUAAUUCGGUAUUCAGUUAGUUCGAUUUCAAAAAUUAUUACCAAACUAUCCGAAGUUUUGAAUUAGGAAAAAUUCCGAUUAAAAUUGGUUACAAUUUCUAAAAAUUUUGGUUAAAUUCAGUUAAUUCAGUUAUCUCAGUUCGUAUUUUGGUUAGUACUUUUUUCACUUCGGUUUAGAAUUUUGGUUAAGAUUAGUAUUAGUUGGUUUAAAAUAAAAAAUUUAGAAAAUCAAACCGGCCCGAAAAUCGAUUUUAAAAAUUGCCGGAUCAAACUGGAUCUCUUAACCGAACUGAUCCAAAAACCGAACAUGUCAGCUUGGUUCGGUUCAACAAGUUCGGUUUUGUUUAACAACUACACUCCUCGUCCCAAUUGAAUACAGCGGAGCAUGGUUUGGUUAUGAUUUGUGGUUCAUGUUUAAAACCAAACCGGUUUAGGGUAAUAACAUAGAUGGAGACGGAAAAGAGACGACGUACAAUUGCAAAAACUAGAAACUAUCAUCAGUCUCUCUUACCUAACAGCAUCUCUAGCUUCCCCCCACGUGUCCUCUCAGCGAAAGACAGAGUUGCUGUAUGGUUGCGUUAAGAAAAUAUAGAGAUUCAUUCUCAAAUGAAGACCAAGUUACUUGUGUGACAACCAUUAAUCACUACACUGAUCGGUGAAAACGUAAACCUAUAGAGACAGAGAGAUCUGGAGUAAUGAUGAAGGAAUUGAAGAGUCGUAUUCAGUACGCAAUGUCGUGGAUUCGCCGGCAGCCGCCGAAGGUAAAGGCGUUUCUCGCUGUGGUUUCAGCAAUGACGGUCCUCGUCUUCCUCAGGGUGAUUGUCCAUGACAAAGAAUACCUUUUCUUGGCUUCCGAGGCCGUCCAUGCCACGGGAAUCUCCGUUCUUAUCUACAAGCUCACCAAGGAGAGGACUUGCGCUGGGUUAUCUCUCAAGACGCAGGAGCUCACGGCUUUGUAUCUCGGGGUUCGAUUGUAUUGUAGUUUUGUAAUGGAGUUUGGUCUUCACACGUUACUUGAUUCUGCUGCUUUCUUCACCACUCUUUGGGUCAUCUAUAUGAUCCGUCUCAAGCUUAGAGCUACGUACAUGGAGGAUAAAGACAAUUUUGUAAUCUACUACGUUGUAGUCCCAUGUGUUGUUGUAUCUUUCCUCAUACACCCGUCAACACAUCACCACAUCAUAAACAGGCUCUUUUGGGCACUUUGUGUUUAUCUUGAAGCUGUUUCAGUUCUUCCCCAGCUAAGAGUCAUGCAGAACACUAAGAUCGUGGAACCAUUCACAGCACAUUACGUAUUCGCUUUGGGAAUCGCUAGGUUCUUGAAUUGUGCACACUGGAUCCUUGAGGUGUUGGAUACGAGAGGGGGUUUACUGACCGCAUUAGGGUAUGGAACCUAUGGACUAUGGCCUUUCAUGGUCAUUCUCUCUGAAAUCAUCCAAACCUUCAUUCUUGCAGAUUUCUGCUAUUACUAUGUUCAGAGUUUAAUGGGUGGACAGCUCGUCCUUCGUCUCCCGUCUGGUGUGGUCUAAGAAGCUAUGCAAAUUUUGAUUGCUUUGAGCUUUCAGAGGUUUUCAUGAUUAUAGAUUUUGAGAUAUAUAAUUUAAUACUUUUGUUAGCAAAGAUGCAUUUACUAGAGUUAGUUUUCCAUAAUAAUGUUUAAUUCGGAUUUCAUUGGUGAUGACGCUUUGAGUCGGAGAUUAUAUAGUUUGUCACACGAAGCUUUGAGUUUAAAAUGAGAUGAAUAUCGCCAUAUUGUUCUCUAAAGUCUGAACUCCGUUUUGGCUGAUUGAGUGUAGAAAGUGCAGAGCCUGUGAAUACAGUUUAUUGGCUGAAACUGAGAAGCUACUUGGUACCGUUGACAUAUCUGCUAGAAUUAAUCUUGAAAGUCGCAAACUUAAUAUAGCUCUCUUCUCUUCUUCAUCAUCAAACAGUUUGUAAUAUUUUUAUGGGAAGAUAGAUACACAUAUAAUUUAAUUUAAUUUAAUUCAUGACGCUUUGUGUCACAGACUCACAUAUACACAAACAAAGCAGUCGUACGUGUAUACAUUAUGCUAAAGGAAUAUAUAGCCUCAAGUAUUAUACCAUAUUCAGAUAUAUGAUGAAACUGUCCAAAACGUAAAACUCGUGUUGAUACACGAGCACAAGAAGAAAACAACAGAGUUUAUAUAUAUAGAAUAACAAACACGAAGAAGUAAAAGAACACGAUCACAUCGCGUCUUUUAAGUUUGACUAAACGUAAAGACAGUUUUGAUCAUGAACAAUCUGGUCUUCACGUUCAUGGUGAGAUAUUAUUAUUAUUAUUAAUCGAUGACUUAUUGAAAAAGUCAAUACAAUCUGAGAUAGCUUCACUAUAGUGAGAAUGAGAGGAGUAGUAUGAAUUACUGCAUGAUAUUUUCGGCGUCUCACCGUCACUGCAGGAGUCGGCGAGUUUGCAACGGCGCCGCCUAGUGGCAGAGGAAGAGGAGGAUGGAAUGGUGAAGAUGAAUUUCAUGAGAAUUUUGCGGAAUUUGGUGAAGAUCUUCAUGGAUGAUGAGAAACCUAUGAAGGUUUUGUUGUUGUGAUUAUGAUAACGAUGAUGAUUAGAUGGUUCGUUUAUAUGAAUGGUGAAUAAGUCUGAGUGUGUAUCAAGAGUUCUUUGAGAUGGCUUUUGCAUUGUUUGUGUAUAUUAUAAAGUUUCUUGCAGUAUGUCUGGCAUAUGAUAUUGUUUGAUUUGUGAAUUUAUGAUGCUAGUAUAUAGACUUGUUUAUACAUAUAGUAAAGGGGUUGUUAGGCCUUUUCUUGAUCAAUUAGGUAAUAAUUCGCGCCUUGCGCGGAAUGUGAUUAUUAGUUUCAUUAUUUUUUUAAUAAAGAGACAUUAAUCUGUUUAAUCUGGAUAUCGGUUCGGUUUUAGGUUGUUUUUUGGUUUUUAAUCUCCUAAAAUAUAACUAUCAUUUUUAAUCAAUAUUUAUUUAUUUUGUUCUGUUAAAAUGUUUGAUAUUUUUUUUUCUGUGAUAAUCAAAAAUUACUAUUAUUUGUUUGUUUUCAUAUUAUGAAUCUUAGAUAAUCGUGAUGUCGAACCAAUGGUUUCAUAUUAUAGUUUCUAAAUAGAUAAUAGUUCAAAAAAAGAAAAAAAAAUUAUUAAGACAAAUCAUUUUACUACAAUUUCGUCGAUAGUGAAAGAAACAUUAAGAAAAAGAAUAUUUGAACUUUCAAAAAAAUUAAAUAUUUCCGUUGUGGUAAAUACUUAGUUAUAAGGUGCUCGCAUCAAUGUGCACAUAUAUGUGUAUGUAAAAAUAUAUAAAGAUGGUUGAUAAAUAUAUAAAGAUACUGUUAAUUAAUAUUAAAUGACAUUUUUUCAAAAUAAUACAUGAAAAAUAAAAUUCUUAAAAUAAAAUUAUUUAAAAACAAAAAAUGUUUUAAAAUUUAUAUAAACUAUAAUAUAUAACUUAUAUAUAAUUCUUUAAAAUAUAUGUGUAUAUAUGCAUAUAACUGAUCAAAUUGGAUAUCCGUUCCUAUAAAUAUUGAUAUUUGGGAUUUUUUUUUUACAGAUAUUUCAUUUUAGUAUUUGAUUUGCUUCGUAGAGUAAUGAAUAUCCGGAUUUUUCGGUUCGAAUCAAAACGGAUAACAAAUCGAAUCAAAAUUUAUGAAUAAUUUUUUCAGCUUUAUUUGCAAACAGUAAAAAUAACGUAAAGAAGAACCAUGCAUAUGAGUUUUAUAUUAGAAAACGUAAAAUAUAUAGUGUGAACAUAUUUAUGUAGAGUUUGGCUGAGUAGCUCUUUACAUGUGACAUGUGUCCAUUUUAGUGUGAACGCAUUUAUUACAAUGUUUCUAUACGUAACAUGUGUCCAGUUUAGUGUGAACGCAUUUAUUACAAUGUUUCUCCUUUAAUAUAUAAGGGAUCUAUAUUUUCUUCUUAAAAUUAUAUUUAUGUUUUUAUAUACAUAAUUAAGGGGUCCCUACGGAAAUUUGAAGGAUUAAUAUUAAACGACCUGCAAAACAUUAGUUGAGAGAUGUAUGUGUUGCAUGUGAAGAAAUCAUUUGUAUGGGCUUCCUUUGUCUUCGGCAAAGUGAAUCCUUUUUAUAUCCAAAUUGAUAUCGAAUUAGGGCUGGGUUUGCAUCUCAAAAACUGAACCAAACCCGAUCCGAACUUAUCCAAACCAAACAUAUAUAUCGAAUGAGUUUUGUUCUACGGUAUUUCAGAUUAUGGGUUUUACCCGAACUUGAAUUCAAAUGAAUAUCCGAAAAUCUGAAAUUCAAAAUUUUAACAAGAAUUUGUUACAAACCGGAUCUCAAUAUUUAAAAUGUAUCGAAAAUACACUAAAAUAUUAUUGAGUACCUAAAAUAAUUGUCUAUUUCAUGAAAAAUUAACUUUAAUACUUAGUUUAAUGUAUAUUUUGGUAUUUUGUCAAUAUUAAUGUUUUUAUGUUUUCAUAAUUACAUUUGAAGUUUAGUUAUGAAUAAGUUUGUUUCUAAAAAUUAAACAAUGUUGCUGUUUUUAAGUUUAAAUAGUGUUUUUUUACAUUUAUAGAGUUGGUAAUUGUUAAUUUUAAUUUGGUUACAUUACAUUAUGUAUGAUUCUCAUUUGUACAUGGCUUCGGUUUAUCCUGAAUUAUGAUACGUCUCUUGUUGUUGAUAGAGGAGUCUUCCAAGCCACAUACAAAACUUCAUUAAACAAAUUAGAAAAAUAUUAAUUAAGUCUAAUCAAGUAUAACUUAUUAAUUUUGGAAUCGAUAACACGAUUAAUAUCUAAAACCAAAAUUGUUUUGGAUUUAACUGGAUAUUAGACAUGUAAUCAAAUCCAAACUGAACCUGAUGAAACCGAACCAAAUCCGACCCGAAUUUUUAUAAUAUCCGAAUGGAAUUAAAAUUCAUGAACCCAAAACCCUAAUGAAUCUGAAUCGAAACCUGACUGGGACCCCGAUUGCCCUCUUUAUAGAAUAUAGAUAAUAAGUUAAUAACAAAUAUAUGAUAUGUAUAGAACAACGUCUAGAAAUCAAAUACACUUUUAACUAAGGGUAUGACUGGUUUUCCCGCUACAAUCAACAAAUGUAGCUUUUGCGAUUAGUAGCGACUGUUGGCAUUUUGCAACAAUCACUCAAACCGCUAUAAACCGUUUCAAACCGCUAUGAACCUCAUAAAUUCAAAAGUUGGUUCCAGGUAGCAUUUGCGGAUGCGGGCGGUUGCGGGAGGAUAAUUUUUUUUUCUUUUUAAAAAACAAUAUAAAUACAAAAUAAAAAUAUCCAAUAAAAUUUUUAAACUG